AUCCCUGAAGGUGACCCAGCAUGGGAAGUGCUUCUUGUGCUCAGAGACAUUGUUGAGCUUGUUGUUAGCCAAGUCUACACAUAGAAGACCAUUUGCUUCCUGGAUAGUAAGAUAUCUGAGCAUAAACACAGGUUUCUCAUGGUUUUCCCAGAGCAACACCUCAUCCCAAAACACCAUUUCCUGGAACAUUAUCCAGAACUGAUCAGGGCUUAUGGUCCUCUGGUGUCACUCUGGACAAUGCGGUUUGAGGCAAAGCACAGCUUUUUUAAGCAUGUUGUCAGACAUACUCGUAGCUUUAGAAAUAUUCUGCUGUCACUUGCCAUGAAGCAUCAGUUGUUGCUUGCUUAUAAUAACCAACAUGAUUCCAGAGCUGUCAGACCUCUACUACAGGCUACAACACUGUCUACAGUGGAUGUUAGUGUGCUGAGAGAGGAUAUUCAAGAAGCACUGCAGGAUAAGUUUCCUGGUGAGACAUGUGUCCAGAUAGCCAAAAGUGUGUGUUACAGGAGCACCAAGUACACCAGUGGAAUGAUCUUGGCUUAUGGUUCCACUGGUGGUCUGCCAGAUUUUGAUUGAGUUGAUCCAAAUUGUGGUUGUGAAGGGCAGCAUUGGAUUCAUUGUGAAAGGUCUGACUGCUUGGUCAGUUGAGUAUUUGAGGAGCUAUGUGCUUGAGAAAAAUGGUCCUGUGAAAGUCAUAGAGCCAGCUGAGCUAUCAGACAUGUUCCCCUUAAUAUCUUACUUCUGUGGUGGAACAAACAUUAAGUGCAGCAUUUAUGUUCCAUAGAUGGUGCCCAUACUUUUUGGAGAUUUUCAGAUGAAAUGAUACAAAUUCGCAUAUCACAGUCUUCCUACUUUGUUCAGACUUGGCAUAUACAGUACAUGUGUUCCUGAUUUCCAUACCUAGAGGUCAAAUAUAAUAUGCUCUUAACAUUAUUAACCAUUUACCUGUGACAAAAAAUUAAUGAAACAUGUAAAACAUUCUGUGUACAGGAUGCAUAAUGUCAAAACCGGCUCAACUCCGAGUGAUCCUUGCAGAUCAUGAUGUCCGUAAAGUUCUACUACCAUCUGGAAUCCCUGAGACAGUGGAUGACCUUCACUCAGUCAUUCGUGACACAUUUUACAUUGCCAGAGACUUCAGUCUUCACUAUAAAGAUGUUGAUUUUGAUGAGUUUUUCACCCUUUAUUCUACAACUGACCUCAAGGAUAAGGACACAAUCAAGGUUGUGUUUCUCCAGGACCAGGAGCCUGCAAUAACUUUAAACUUAACUGAUGUGACCAACACUGAUGUGACCAACAUGACUGAUCAGCCUUGUGAGGAGCACUAUGUUGAUGACACCGCAUCUGUGUCAACCGAUGACACACUGAUUCUCUCAUCUGAAGAUAGUCCAGGCCACCGUUCCAAGCGCUGGCCCGCUCAGUUUUCAAUUCCCAGCUUUUCUGGCCUCACAGAGAUCCAAAUUCAGUCGGCCAAUGAGCGCUUCAUAAAAUAUGGGACUCUUCUCACUACAAAAGAUUUAAUUCCACUACUCCCAGACAUCCUUGGAAAACUAGCGGAGGCUAUUUAUGAGUACACUGCUUAUCCAUCUAGUCUGCAGAUCGGUGAGGUUGCAGAGGCCCUCACUCAGAAGCAUCCCUGCCUCAAAGAACCAGGUUCCUUUAAUGGGUCCUAUGGAUGGGCGCAGCUCCUGAAAUAUAAGAUGAACAAUUUCAGAAGCAAACUUCGAGGUCUCGGCUGCCCCGAAGUUAAGGUGAACUCACUCAAGAGAAAACAAACACAUGACCAGUAUCCGGCAAAGAAUCUGAAAAAAACAAAGAAGGCUGAGGUGAACUACCUACCCCCUCAUGUUCAAGGUGAAUCUACUGCAAGUUUGGAAAAAGAGAGAGUGGAGCUCCUAAGUGAAAUGAUGAAAAGGGACAACUCAAAGGUGGUAGCUCAGAAAAUGGCCAAGACGUUCAGCCUUCGUCGGGAGGAAAUAGUAAAAGAGGUCCCUGCCAUCAGUGACUGCAUGAAGCGCUGGCCUGCACUUUUUACUGAAGCACAGAUAAGUGAAGAAUUCAAGAGGAUAACAACAGUUAGCCUUGAAUCAACCUUUCUGGCCAAGCUUGACCAAUGCACCCCAAAAUUGAUGGCCUUGACUCAAUCAAAAGGAGGAGCUGCAGGCCUGAAGAUAAGGCACAUUAAGGACAUGCUUCUUGAGGACAACACAGUUGAAAGGCGGAGAGAAAUUGCCAUUCGCUGCCUCAUAGUCUAUCUUGGAGAGAAGGAGGAGGACCUUUUCAAACAGUAUCGCGAUGUGGAGGAGCUCGACGCAGACCUUGCGAUGCAAGUGAUGAAGAUUGCCAUCAUCGGUGAUGGGCGUGCAACCAUCGUAGUAGAGGGAACCAAGAUCCUGCAGGGGAUUGAUGUUGCCAGAUCCUGUGCUUUGCUGAUGGGGGUGAUCUAUGCUCUUAACCUUAGCUAUCCCAAGCAGUUGAAAUUUACCUUUGAGGCAUUCCAGAAGCUCUGCCUUGAGCUCGAUGGACAAAAAGCCAGCUCUAAAGUAAUGAAUCUCAAGUAUGGUAUUUUCUAGAGCGGACUUGAUUGACCUUGCAUGAGGGAGAAGCUCACAUCACACACACGCACACACACACAUGUAAACACACGUGUUCUUUUGUUUCUGUCAUAGUAUGAAUACCUACUGAGUGAAGUCCAAAUCAGUAAAAGUUAUCAGUAUAGAAAAGGAUGACCUCUGUUCUCUGAGGGUGUUAGUGUAUUUUGAACUUUAUAUGCAGUGCCUUCUUUUGUUGGAUAUUUCUCCUGGAGUUAGUAAGGAGUUUGAGCAGUCUGAUAUUGAUGAGAGAAGAGAUGAUGAUGUAAGUGCUGCCAAAGUUAAUUGAAAGAAGCUUUGCUCAUUUGUUGUUGAAAUUAGUGCCUUGAAUGUACAGCCACCUGUAAUUUUUUUUUUUAUCAUUUCCAUGUGUACAAGUCAAAGGAUGGUGAUUCAUGCGCAGGGUUUUACUUAAUUUUAUAAAACCGUUUCUCCUCAUAAAGCUUCUGGGUACAUGUUUUGUGUCUUAGGAGAAUGUAGCCUACAAAUGCUGCUGUUUGCACUUUUAAGGAUUUAGUGCUACUGUUAAUGUUAAAAAAUGGUUCGAAUUAAUAUGAAUAUUACUGUCUGAAUUUCUGUUCUUUUUGAGCACCCUUAGCUGCUGUCCGGUUGCCAGGUUUUGAUACCCCCCUCAUGCCUCUAAAUAAAUCUAUCAACCUUUCAGAA